AUGAGUCGUGCGAAUUCCUGGCAACAGGGCCUGUUAGAUGGAUUGAAAACUUUGCGAUUUCGGUGGAAGGGUGGCAGAGGGCUGUUGGCUGUUGCUUCAGCCAGGCCGAGCUGUUGGCUUUCUGCCAGGGAGGAGAUGCCACCAUCAGCGAGGCUUUCGGCCGUGCUGGGGAGCUUGAAGAUCUGGGUGUUCAAACGUGGCGCAAAAGGUAUCAGGAGUUCCGGUGAUCAGAACACUUAUGUUGCAAACUUCCACACUGGAGCAAAGCCUCCUAGAGGGAUGACGGACUCUGAUACCGACGUCAGAGAAUGCGCCCUUCCUACGCAUUCUUUGCUUUGGGCUACCGCUGGCGAUGGAUGCAGCGACUGGGAAAGCGAGUUUGCCGACAAGUUCAACGAAGGGGAUCGAUUGAUCAAAGGUAUGGCAGACGUGAGAAAGCACGAGAGGUCCUUCCUCCGCCACAACUGGGACCAGCGAGGGAUGCCCGCGCAAGACGGCCGCAACUUGUCUUUAGCUUUUUCUGGUGGUGGCGUGAGGGCCGCCUUUUUUGCCACUGGCGUGCUGUGGAGACUCGCCGAAUGUGGACGCCUGAAGGAUGUGGAGUACAUCUCGGGAGUUUCUGGUGGUACGUAUGUGGCGACAGCCUUUGCCUCGCAUGUCGUGGCAGCUGAGCGACCACGAGGGACCAACAUUGAUCGUUGGUACCGCGAGCUUUUGGCUGCCAUGAUGUUGCGCAUGCAGUACAAUACUCCCUAUCUCAACAGAGACAUGGGGCAGGAGGUUGCGGACAUUGCGCCCGAGAGCCAGGAGGGCUCCGGAGCUUUGCCUCGGAUUUGCGACCUUUUCUUGCUUCUUGCAGUGGGAGCUGGCACGGUGCUGAGGGCUCCGAUGUCGAUAUCCUGCCUUUUCCUGCUGCCGGCCGUGCAAGUCAUCGAGAUGCUGUAUGGCGCUGAGAUGAGGGCCGAGUUCUGCAAAGAUGUUCUGGAGCCGGACACGGAGGUGUUGAGCAUUCUCGGAAAGAGCUCGGCGCAGAAGCAGGCAUUGGUUCUGUUGGCCCUACUCUGCGCUGCCUUCAUCGUGCACGUGUGCCAGAUGUUUCUCACGCGUCACGUGAGGACGAAGAUGGCACCCAGCGACGAGGAGAGCCCGAAGGAUGGAAGGGCGUCCCUGGGCAUUGCCAGAUGCUACACGGGCCUCAGGAGCAGUCUCGCAGUCUUGGUGCGCCUUUUGGCCGCCGGGUUGCUUCUGGAUGCCCUGGUCGUGGGGCCUGUGGCCUGGAGGCUGCAUAGAUAUGCCACGGUGGAAGGCGGCACGGAGCUGAGAUACUGCCAGUGUGCGGCUUUUUUCGAGCACAAGAGCUGCGACCAUUGCGGGGAGGUCGCGCUGACCAGCCACAACACUACACGCUGGCGAGAGCGAUGGGUCUCCCUGAACUGCUCGGCGCUGACGGCUGCGCGCCUCACGGGCCCUACGCCCCAAGUCUCCCGGGAGGCUGUGGCAGCGGACUGGUUGAUUCACCGCCCUCUGUCGCAGACCUUCUUGCCGGUGCUUCUCAUGGUAUUUGCCUUGGCACUUCUGGCAAGCCUACUGCUCCUGCCGAUUUUCCCGGACCUCUUCGUGAGCACCUUCAAUGUGAUGGUCCCUUUCCUGCUAUUCGGAUCCACCUUCUUCUUGGUGCAGUUCCGUGUUCUGGGUGACAUCACCCACGAGCGAUACGCAGGUUCUGUACUGGACGAGAUGACGUGGAAGAGGAUCAUGGCCUCCAGCCUCGUCUUUUGCUUGAUUGGAAUUUGCUUCUCGCGAUUUCUGCGCACCUUCAUGCACCGUUAUUAUAGCCGGAGCUUGCACUUGGCAUUCUAUGCUGGCGGCAAGAACUGCAACUGGUCGGCCGUUCGUAAGAAUCCCUACUGUCCGCUCCUGCUGUUGAACGCUGCGGUCAACGACUACUUGCGGCUCGUUGACACCGAGCCAAUCAGCGACAUCACCUUCAGCCAGCUUCACACGGGCGGCAAGCGUGUCGGCUACUUCUGGGCAUUCGGAGCACGGCCCCUGGCACGCACUGCUGCGUUGAGUGGUGGCGCAAUCGACGGCUUCAUCAUGAGUAAGUACGACAGCGUCAGCUUGAGAUUCUGGUUGGAGUUUCUGGGCGUUUACAUGGGCGACUUUGUGCACAUCGCACGCACUGCAGGGCCUGGCCUGCGGUUCAGGGCAUGGCUGCAAAGACUUCCGACGCUUUUGUGGUGGGAGCUGAUCUAUGGGUUGCUUCUGGCUGCCACGGUCUUGUCGAUGCAUCCAUCGCUGGAUCGCUGCUCCAUUGCUUUUCGGCUCUGUCAGUGGUCUGCACUUCUGGCAGCUGGCUUGGCCGGCCUCUCCUUCUUCAGCUUCCUCCCCUUUCUAGGCUUCCUGCAGCACUCGCCUCUCCUUCGGACGCUGCAGCAAGCAACACGUUUCUACUACCAGUCGCCUCAGCCACCCGGAACUGUCUACAUCAGCGACGGCGGAGUCUUGGACAACACUGGGGUCCUUUCACUGCUGCGGCGGCGGUGCCGGCGAAUUCUGGCCGUCUAUGCCGGCGAGGAGGCCAAAGGAAAAGAGCUCAAAUGCAUCAAGAAGCUUCUGAUGCACAUGCACGAGGAGAGGAUCGGAUACCUGUUCGAUCUCGAAAAUCCUCAACAAGGGCCGCUCGAGACGAUCCGCAAAUGUGUGGAAAGCCACGGACAUUUCUUGAAGUUCGGAAUUCAUUACGCCGACGACACCAGCGGAGAAAGGAGCGUCCUCAUGGUCGUGCGGAACCAGGUGCCCGCGAAGCACCGGGACGAUUCCGUGGAGUUGGCUUCAGAUGGUUCAGGCUCAGAGAUGUCCGCCGAUGGUUCGUCAGGACCACUGCCGGUCUUUGAGCAUCUGACCGAGGAGGAAUUGCUGGGUUAUCGUGAUCCGGAGUUGGAUGAGAUCUUGGAGGGCAUGCAGCAGACUGACUUGGGCGGCUGUUGCUGCGACUGCUGCCACAAGACCUGCUUCAAUGCCUUCUGCGGCAAAUUCCCAAAGCCUCCAACGAGUAACCAGUUUCUGACGCCACAGAUGUUCAGCAGCCUGUGCCGCCUGGGGCGCGAGGCCGUGCCCACGGACGCAUUGGCCAGCCUUGGGUCCUUGCCAUGA